AUGUUGUGGCGCCUGGCUAUCCUAGCAGUUGGCGCCGGCCUCCUCUUUGGGGUGGACUUGGCAUCUAUUGGGGCAGCGGUUGAGUCCAUGUCCAAGGAGCUCCAGCUGGACAAGAAACAGACCGAGUGGGUCGUCUCUUGCGCGAAAGGUGGCGCCAUUUUCGGCAGCCUCUUCGGCGGAGCGCUGAUCAUGUCCCGAGGCAGGCGGACGAUUAUCGGCUGCUCGGCGAUUCCGAGCAUGAUCGGACCAUUACUCAUCUUUACCGCCCAGAGCCUACCACAGCUGAUCGUGGGAAGGCUCUUGAUGGGGAUCGGCAUCGGCCUUGCCUCGGUGGCCACGCCCAACUACCUGAGUGAGGUGGUGAGGCCGGAGCAGCGAGGGCUCUUCGAGGGAAUGUACGAGUUGGGAAUUGCCUCUGGGAUGCUGCUGGCUGCAUUGGUCAAUGCGCUUCUACAGAUGCUCAGUUCCGAUGCAGUGUGGCGUUACCAGGCUGGGUGCGUGCCUUUUGUCUUUGCCUUCCCCGUGCUGAUCGUCGCUUGCACUGUGCCGGAGUCGCCAAGGUGGAUGUUGCAGACAAAGGGAUCCAGCUCUUCAUCUUUGCUGGCUGCGCUGCAGGAGAUCGCCAGCCUUCGGCGACCAGGUGCAGACAAGCGUCUCGAGACAUGGCGAUCUGGAAGGGGCAGUCUGGAAGAAGAGCUUUCGAGUGACACGGACAUGCCUGAAGGCCAGGAUGAUCUGGUCCGUCUCUGGGAUGACAAGCAUCUUGCAGCUGGUAAUCCGCUCUACAGGUCACAAAGCCAUCUGGAGGUGCUGGAGGAGAAGGAUGAGACCGUCCGCCUCCGCACGCUGUCGGUCCUUCGGCGUACGCUAAAAGAUGCUUGUGCCAUCAUCAUCGGCUCGCAGCAGGUGCCUGCCGGAGCCCGCCGUGGCCUAGGGUUGGCGCUUGCAGCUGCAGUCCUCGACCAGGCAUGUGCCUCAACAUCCAUCCUAAUCUACGCGCAGAAGAUGCUGGCUCGCGUGGGCAUCGGCCAAGAGUCCCAAGACCUGCUUACAAUGCUGGUGGUGGGCGCCAAGAUGUUGGGGGUGAUUCUGGGCCUUGCGAUCGUUGAACGCAUGUCCCGGCGGACGCUGCUCGGGGCAGGCGGUGGCCUCUCUGCUGUGGCCCUGCUGGUCCUCGUACUGGGUGCUGCCUGGGACAGUCCCGUGCUGCUGUUGAGCGGCAUGAGCUCCUUCAUUGCCAUCUUCUACAGCACCUGGGGCAUCGGUUACUGGAUAGUGGUCGUGGAGGUCACUGCUGUGGGUGGGCCUCGUUAUGCCUCGGCAGCUCAGUCCGUGUCCACAGCCACUCUCUUUGCAGCCGGCUGGUUGACAUCUCUGACCUUCAUAGAUGUGAUUUCUCUGGGGCCGCCAGGCCUUCUGAUUUACGUCGCGGUUGCAGUUCUCAUGGGCAUAUAUGGAUUUUGCAUCCUCCCUGAGACCGGGGGCCAUUCCCUCGAGGAGUGUGCCUGUGACAUUGGGCCUCCGCUGACAGACGACGACGAGAGUGAGUCUGAUGCAGCCAGUGGUUCGAGCUAG